AUGGCCGAUCCCAAGAUCCAGGAACUCCUCACUAAGUCUCGCUCGGAACUCACCGAGUACGAAAUCGCCCAGCUCGAAGAAUACGAAUUCUCCUCCGGCCCCCUCUCCAUCCUCCAGACGGCCGUCCGCUCGCACACCCAGGUCCUCAUCUCCAUCCGCUCCAACCGCAAGCUGCUCGCCCGCGUCAAGGCCUUUGACAGGCAUUGCAACAUGGUCCUCGAGAACGUCAAGGAGAUGUGGACGGAGACGCCCAGGUUAGCGGACGGCAAGAAGGGCCGGCCGGUCAACAAGGACAGGUUUAUCAGCAAGAUGUUCCUGAGAGGUGAUAGCGUCAUCUUGGUCCUUCUGAGCUAG